AUGCCUCCCAGACUACCCAUUCAGACUCCAGCGAAGAAAGCUGCAAUUGCCGUCUUGGCUACCACAGCGACUCUUCUCAGCGCCCUGUACGCAAAUAAUCGCUACGGAAUUUCGUAUGAUAUCAAUCAGCUCUUAAAUGAGAAGGCGUUCAGAAAACGACUCACCGAGCGAAUCCAAGCCUUAGGCGACGAUUUUUCCCUCUACCACAUGUUACAGCUGGCAGACCCACAGGCGGAAGCUCUCUGGUUUGAGGGCCGCCGGUGGACGUACGCCGAAGCUAUUCUUGAAUCUAGCAAGCUGGCAGCUGCGUUACAACAUCGAGGCGUAGCGAGUGGAGACGUGGUGGCAAUACUUGCUACAAACUCUCCCGAAAUGGUCUUCGCUCAAGCGGCCGUUUCUAAGCUCGGCGCAGUGCCGGCGCUCAUUAACACUGCGCUCCAAAAAGAGACACUCCAGCACUGCCUGGACAUUGCGAAUCCGAAGAUCCUAGUUUGCACUCCGGAUCUUGCUCCAGUCAUUGCGGAGCUGAGCGAUGUUAGCCAGACGCCCCCCACAUUCUCAUUGUCACUGUCCUCGUAUCCCCCAUUGCGACUCUCAGCGGAGGCCUGUGCCGGCUCCGGAAUUUCCCAGUUGCGAUAUGAGGACCUCGCGGACAUCACGGCUGAUCCGGUGGCACCGCCGACCAAGCGUCUCCUCCAGGACGUUGGUGCGUUGAUCUAUACCUCUGGUACCAGCGGCAAGCCAAAGGCCGUGGCGGUGAAAAACUUCUUGCUUGUCCUGGUGUCAACUCCCUCCACGAUCGACGUGAAACAUGCGCGAACCUACCUGCCUCUCCGCACCUAUUCCUGCCUGCCCCUCUUUCAUGCAACCGGCCUCUUCGUUGGCCUCUACUACAGCACAGGCCUCUCGGGGACCUUCUGCCUGGCGCGCAGGUUCUCGGCUUCGCGAUUCUCCACCCAGCUCCUUGAGAGCAGAGCUACACGCAUGCUCUAUGUAGGAGAACUCUGCAGAUACCUUAUCGCCGCUCCCCCGUCUCCGAAUGACCGAGCACACAAGUGCAUCGUAGCAUUGGGAAACGGCCUUCACCGAGACGUCUGGCUAAACUUUACGGCCCGUUUCGGCAUUCCAGAGAUCCGGGAGGUCUACCGUUCCACCGAAGGCAUCGCCAAGUUUGACAAUUACUCACGUUCUAUGGAGGGUGUCGGAAUGGUCGGCUUCGCCGGCCCCAUUAAGCUCUACGCCGAAGACGACGUCUUCUUGGUUAAAUUCGAUCCCGCCACCGAGUCCAUCUACCGAGAUCCCCGGACGGGGUUCUGUGUACCGGCUAAAGCAGACGAGCCCGGUGAGGCUAUUGGCCGUGUGAGGUCUAUGGAGUUUUAUAACGAAUACCACAAUGACCCUAGCGCCACCAAACUGAAGCUAAUUUCCGAUGUAUUCGAGAAAGGUGAUCUUUUCCAACGGACUGGGGACCUGCUUGUCCGUCAUAGUACUGGAUGGGUGCGUUUUCUCGACCGAUUUGGCGAUACGUUUAGGUGGCGGGGGGAGAACGUCAGCGCGAGCGAAGUGCGCGAGCACAUUGGAAAGCUCCCCAAUGUGAAAGACUGCUCCGUCUACGCUGUGAAGCUUUCCGGGUACGACGGCCAGGCGGGAGCAGCUGCCAUCACGUUGGUCGAUCCUUCGCAGGAGUCGAAGUUUGUCGAGAAGCUCUACGACCGACUUCGAUCUCGCGGCUUAACACUUUACCAAAUGCCUAAGCUCAUCCGCUUCCGUCCUGUAAUCGAGACGACGGCCACAUUCAAACAAUCAAAUACGGUCUUGAAAUCCCUGCCUUGGGAUCCCGCUGCCGAAAACCAGAAAGACAGUAUUUACUGGCUUAAUGGUGAUCGGUUUGACAGGAUUGACUCGGCUGCCUGGUCUCGAAUCGAGUCGGGCAAAGCAAAGCUAUGA